AUGACACAGACCAGCCAGAGGACAGAGUCGGGGCCAGCACAGACCAUGGCUCCACAGAUCUCACAGACCCUUAAGGACUUCAGGCUCAUUGAGGGGUCUGAUGCCACUUUCGUCUGCAAGAUCAUCGGCAGACCGAGACCAAAGACUGCCUGGUACAAGAACGGCAAGCGAAUCAAGCGUUCCAGCCGCUACGAGAUCAAGUACACCGCUGACGGCUACUGCACACUCAAGAUCCGCAUUGCUCUGCCCGAGGAUGCAGGACACUACACGAUGCUUGCCGCCAACUCUGCAGGGCGCAACACCUGCUCUGCACAACUGUAUGUGGAUAAAGUUGGCAACAUCGAUGCCACCUCCUUCGUUGCUCCAGAAACCCUGGAAAAGAUCUUGAACCAGGGCACUGAAAAGGGCAAGAAGGGACCCGAGGACCAGGGUGGAAUAUUUGAAACUCACACCCGCCCUGUCUUUAAGAAAGUACCAGAAAACAUAGAAGCCCGUGAGGGACAGACUGUGAGAUUUGACUGCCUGGUAUCUGGCCGACCUCUGCCAGAGAUGUUGUGGUUCAGGAACAACCAGCCAGUACAUAAUGACGACAACCAUAAGAUUGUGAUCAACGAGGAUGGAAUUCACUCGCUGAUCAUCUUGUCUGUGACACGGCAGGAUGCUGGCAACUACACCUGCAUCGCCCGCAACAAGGGUGGCGAGGACACGUUUGGAGUGGCUCUCAAUGUACUGGAGCGUCUGCAAAUGCAACAUCCCAAGUUUAUCGAUCGCAUGCAGAACUACACUGUACGGGAAGGUCAUCCUGUGACCUUGACCUGUCAGGCAACAGGUGUCCCCACCCCAAUGAUGAGCUGGCAGAAAGAGGGCAAGAUGCUUACACCUAACAAGGAAUACAAGAUUGACACGGAAGGUGGAAGGUCAUCUUUAAUCAUUGACCAAGUUGUGCCCUCAGACAAUGCUUGGUUCCAGUGCUCUGCCGUGAACGUAGCAGGUACUGCCACAACACGUGCCAAGCUGGUCGUGCAAGUUGAAGCCAAAUCGCCAAAGCCUGAAAAGAAAAUCUCCUACCCAAAGAGGACAGUUUCACCUCACUAUGAAAUUCAGCCUGAAGGCCCAGUUCAGCAGAUCACCUAUGUGAAGGAUGGGGAUAGCGCCCUUCUGCGAUUGGUCAAAGAGGAUGAUGCCAGAAGUUACUAUGAUAUACAAGAGAAGGGGCCAGUUCAACAAAUCAGUUAUGCCUCUGAGACGGAGAGGGGUUCACUUAGGAUUAAGUCCCCUCCUGGCGUUGACAGAGAGAGCAGUCCUGACUUAUCUCCCUUGAUCUCCACCCCUGGGGAGUACUACUCCACCCCCAGGGGCCGACUGUACGACCCCAUCCUUUCCUCUCCUCCUCCUACCCCAAUGUCCACUGAUCUGUCACUCGAGGACUUUGGGAUCAUUGUCAACAGGAUGCCAGUUGAGGAGCAAAUGCCCGUAUCACCAGUGAAGGCACCAAAGGUCGCAGUGCUACCACCCCCAGCACCCAAACCAGCUGCCCCUGUGGCACCACCAAUGGAGACUGAGCCAGAAGAAGAACUUGUGCUGCCCAGUGUUUCUGAAGCCAGGAAAAUGUUUGACAAACCAGAUGGUGCCCCAUUGCCACCUCCAGCUAAGGUGUCAAAACCUCAGGCGCCACCAGCACCAAGACCAGUGCCACCGCCAGUAUCACCAGUGGUACCAAAACCGGCACCAAAGUUUGCAGCACCACCAGCAUCACCUGCAGUGCCAGCUCCUCAGCCUGUCUUUGUGUCCACUGCUGAACCAAAGGCUAAGAAGCCCAGAGAGAUGUCUCCAAGCUAUGACAUCCAAGAGACUGGACCUGUUCAGUUGAUAAGUUAUGCCUCAGACAACGAGAGUGGUUACCUCAGACUGGUAGAUCAAGAGCCAAUCAGGCCAAGGUUUGUGUCUUAG